CUCAAACCCCCAGAACUGAGCCUCUACUUUAGUCAAUCCUCUUUCCUGUCUAAUGCGUCGCAUUUCAAUUUCAUGAUGAAUACCGUGAGGUUGUGGACGAAUUUGGUUAAAUCCGGUAAUUUUUCGAAAACAAUAACAACUGGGAAUGUAAAAUCCGCGGGAUUUGACGAUCUGCAUCACCCGGAGGGUCACGAGCCAGGAAUUCCUCCAUAUGUGGAACGUGAGGGUGAAAAUGUCGAUUUGAAAAGAGCCAGAUUGACCUACCAAUCCCGGAAACGUGGAAUGCUGGAGAACGGUUUAUUGCUGAGUACAUUCGCGAAGAAGUACCUUCUGAACUUCAACGAACACGAGUUAUCCCUCUACGAUCGCCUUAUUAACAUCCCCUCGAACGACUGGGACAUCUUCCACUGGGCAGUGGGUGUCAAGCCAACUCCUCCAGAGUUCAACAACGAAGUGAUGGAUCUCCUAAAAAAACACGUACGAAACGAAGACAGACAGUCUCGAAUAGUUCAGCCAGAUCUGUGAAUAAAUCAGUCAUAGCACGUCUCAUAAUGUAUUUAAUCCAUAGAAAAAUAUAAAACAGUCUGAAGAUA